AUGGCCCCUCAACUCCACCGUAACCCUCCUUUCCGCGCUGAGCACCUCGGCUCUCUCCUCCGGACGGAGGAGCUCCUCAAGACCAAGACCGCUUUCGAGAAUGGCGAGGUUUCUGAGGCUCAGCUCGAUGCUAUCGAGAACAAGGAUGUGAAGGAGGUCGCGGAGACCCAGAAGAAGUUGGGUUAUGCCGCCAUCUCCGACGGAGAGUACCGCCGUCACAUGUUCUGGGGUUCCUUCUUCCCUGGACUUGAGGGAUUCGAGGAGGUCAGUGAUGUCGAUGCUGAUGUCUUCCGCCCCUACGCCCCCGAUGUUGCUGCGUUCCUCGAGGCUGGUCACAAGCCUGGUGAGACCGUUAUCUGCACCGGCAAGAUCAAGCACGUCGGCAGCACUUACACCAAGGAGUUCAAGUACCUGGCCAGCGUUGUUCCUCCCGAGGAGGUCAAGAACCUUAAGAUCACCCUUGCUGCUCCUAACUGGUACCACUUGCGGUACAAGGAGGGCAAGGCUUACCCCAAGGAGGUGUACAGCUCCGACGAGGAGUACUUCGGUGACAUCGCCAAGGCGGUUCAGGCUGAGCUGCAGGAGCUGUAUGAUGUUGGCUGCAGGAACGUCCAGUUCGACGACCCCAACCUUGCUUACUUCUGCUCUGAGAAGAUGCUUGCUGGCUGGAAGGAGGACCCUCUGAACGUUCGCUCCGCGGAUGAGACCUUCGAGCAGUACAUUAAGCUGUACAACGACAGCAUUUCUAAGCGCCCUGCCGAUAUGCACAUCGGUGUGCACCUUUGCCGUGGUAACUUCGUUGGCAGCCGUCACUUCUCCGAGGGUGGCUACGACCGCAUUGCCACCAAGCUCUUCAAGGAGCUCAACGUUGACACCUACUACCUCGAGUAUGACACCCCUCGUGCUGGUGGCUUCGAGCCCCUGAAGGAGCUCCCUACCCACAAGAACGUCAUCCUGGGUGUCGUUACCAGCAAGUUCGCUGCCCUCGAGGACAAGGAGGAGAUGAAGAAGCGUGUCUAUGACGCUGCCAAGUUCAUCGCUGAGGGCAACAACAUCUCUCUUGAGGAAGCCCUCAACCAGGUCGGCGUCAGCCCCCAGUGUGGCUUUGCCAGUCACCGUGAGGGUAACGCCAUUGACCGCGAUGGCAUGAUCGCCAAGCUGAAGCUUGUGCGCGAGAUCGCCAACGAUAUCUGGCCCGGCCAGCUGUAA